AUGAUGAACUGCUGCAAAACUAUUGGAAGCUUCUCCACAAAGACGCCAAAAGGCAUUGAAUCAACCAUUGCAGACCAUAAAGUAUACAUUACAUCGCCUGAUCACUCACAAAACGAUGUAGUUGUCGUAGUUGUUCCAGAUGUAUUUGGAUGGAAAUUGACAAACACACGCGUCUUGGCAGAUGGGUAUGCUAAGCAGGCUGGUGUACGCGUCUACGUUCCAGAUUUCUUCAAUGGAGAUCAUGCACCAUUUGAUUUGGACAAAUUGAAGGAUUUCAAUCUCGGCGAAUUUGCAAGCAAGCAUCCACCACGUGAACAACGUGAUGAGGUUGAACAAGUUGUAAAGGCGAUCAAAGCAUCUGCAAAAGCUCAGCGUAUAAUCACUAUUGGAUUCUGUUGGGGUGCUCCAUCUGUUCUCUACAUGGGACGCAAGGAUGGUGUUGCAGAUGGUGUUGCAUUUGCACACCCAACAAUGACAGCUGAUGAAGAUUUUGAGUUACUCGCUAAACCUGGUUUAUUCAUAUGUGCAGAGAAAGAUUCUAUCUUCACACCAGAUAAAGAGAAGAAAGCUAGAGAAAUCACAUCCAAGAAGGCAAACAAUGAGAGAAUAUACUCAACUUGGCACACUUUCUUAGGUACAGAGCACCAUUUCGCUGUUCGUGGUGACGAAAGAGAUCCAUUCAUUGCACGUGCUAUGGGCGAUGCUCAAGCACUCGCUAGCAAUUUCUUCAGGGGCUUUCGUAAUGCGUAGUGCUUGACUAUAGGCAUUUCGCUUGAUUCUAGAAAGUAGCAGAUGCGACGCAUUCCUUUCUAUAUUGUAUAAAAGUAUAACGUAUAUAUCAAUGACUAGU